AAUUUACUCUGUAGAGUGCCACUAAAAUUCACAGAAUGGCUAGUAUCAAGGCGCUGUGAUUGUCGAGCCAUAAAUGACUCUGUGAGUGAUCUUUCACCCACUCCAGAGAGUUCAACGCAGCAUUGUGACCAUUGGUUGUUGUAUUCGUGGGUGCACCGCUGUCAUAUCCACUGCUCCCCGCUGUAG